CUCGUAGGUGGUGGGCAAGUUGAUUUCGAACACACCUUUACUACAACACUAAGCCACCUAUUCAUUAGGUACUCUUAUUCCUUGCGUCCUUUUGUCCCUUGCGUGUUAUUGUCGGUGUCGGCACGCCCAUCCCACCUGCCCAACAACCAUGCUCAGUCUUUUGGUGGUUGUCUUUUUCAUCCAACUCGUCUGCCAUCUCGUCUUGACCAUAGGUUCCAAGCCGAUCAAUGACCUGCUAUGGCAAAUCUAUUGUCGUCUUCCUCUACGGUCCUCUCGUGACAUUCAGGAACAGAUCCGCCUGCGGAGGGAGGUGGUGCGGUUGAAGAGAGAAAUGAACGCCGUCAGCGCACAGGACGAGUUUUCCAAGUGGGCAAAGAUACGUCGGCAGCACGACAAGGCCAUGGCGGAACAUGAUAAGAAGGCCGCCGCAGUAUCCUCCUCAAGAGGAUCAUUCGAUACGAAAGCCACAGCGAUUCGAUGGUUAUGUACGAGCGGUUUACGGUUCGGCCUACAAUUCUGGCAUGCAAAGACACCCGUCUUCACCUACCCGAGGGGUUGGUUCCCUUGGUACGCCGAGUUCCUACUCGGCUUCCCAAGGUGCCCUUACGGAGGCGUGAGCAUCAACGUCUGGAGUACGGCCUGCGCGACGGUAAUAGCCUUGGUUUGGGACGUGAUGAUCUACGCGGUACAAUACGUUCAAGAGACGCGGGGUGGAAAACAACAAGCGAAGAAGCCCAUACCGGUUCCCGCCGGCGAGAAAAGUAAAUGACCGUGAAGGAAUGCACUUUGUUUACAGUACUUCACACGGUCAAUGAUGAAAAUCAUAUGAAGCGAGCAAAGAAUAAUAAUAAAAUAUGCAUCGAGCACGGAUGUACAAGUAUAUGCUUCAUCAGAG